AUGGCGAAUUUCUCAAGGAAGAAGGUUUUCAGAUUAGCCAAGGGAUUUACAGGCAGAAGUAAUAAUUGCUUUGGUCUUGCUCUAAGAAGGGUGCACAAGGCCUUGAAAUACUCUUACAGAGACAGAAAAGUUAAGAAGAGAGUUGUCCGCAGAGCUUGGAUUCACUCUAUCAAUGCUGCAGUCAGAGAGCAUGGAGUUAAUUAUUCUCGCUUUGCUCAUGGUCUUACUAAAUCAAAUAUACAACUUGAUAGAAAAAUCUUAGCAGACUUAGCAAUCAAUGAGCCCUACUCGUUCAAAGCUGUGGUUGAUGAAGUAGAUAAACAAUCAGAUCUUAAAAGCAUGAUAAGAGCUAAGCCUUAAUAUAUGAAAUAAAGAGCAUUGAAUUAUGAACAAGCACUAUAAUAAGGUUAUCUUAGAGAGACUGCCCCAACAGCAGAAGAAGCCGCUGAGAUUGAAAAAUAAUUGCUCCCACCUAAUGUAAAGUUAUACGGCUUACGUUUCCCAGAAAGAGACUCAAAAACCCCUGCAGAUCACAUGCGUCUUAGUUAUAAGGAAGAGGACUUGGCAUACUUCAAGGAACAAGAAAGACUCACAACAACAGAUAAAGAACAAAAGAAACAGCCAAGAGAAGUACUUUAGGAUAAUUGGGACGAGGACAUGAACGACUAUAUCAACAAAAGAAAGCCUUGA